CGCAGGUCCGGCCCGCGCGCUUUUGACGCACCCGGCGCUGCUGCUGCUGCAGGAUGAAGCGCUGCUCGCCGCUGGAGUUGUUUUUACGAAAGCGGCUCGCUGCUCCCGGAGUGCUCAAGGACUGAACUUCCCUCUGAAGCCGCAGUUGGAGGCGCGCGGCGCGGACGCCACCAGCGGGCGAGUGUGCCCAAGGGGUGCGCACCGUGUCCCGGACCCAGGACCCAGGACCCAGGGCGGCAGCGGCGCCCGGAUCCCCGGGAGCACCAGGUACCCUUGACCAAGCUGGGAAGAUUUCGAGAGCCUGGCAACAUGGCUUCCCCGCCCCACCAGCAGCUGCUGCAUCACCACAGUACUGAGGUGAGCUGCGACUCCAGCGGAGACAGCAACAGCGUAAGGGUCAAGAUAAACCCCAAGCAGCUAUCCUCUAACAGCCACCCCAAGCACUGCAAGUACAGCAUCUCUUCCAGCUGUAGCAGCUCUGGGGACUCCGGGGGGCUUCCUCGGAGGGUGGGCGGCAGGAGCCGCCUUCGCAGGCAGAGGAAGCUGCCCCAGCUGUUCGAGCGGGCAUCCAGCCGGUGGUGGGAUCCCAAGUUCGACUCGGUGAACCUGGAGGAAGCCUGCCUGGAGCGCUGCUUCCCGCAGACCCAGCGCCGCUUCCGGUAUGCACUCUUCUACGUGGGCUUCGCCUGCCUUCUCUGGAGCAUCUAUUUCGCUGUCCACAUGAGGUCCAAACUGAUUGUCAUGAUGGCUCCCCCUCUGUGCUUCCUGGUGGUGUGCGUGGGCUUUUUUCUAUUUACCUUCACCAAGCUGUACACCCGGCAUUACUCGUGGACCUCACUGGCUUUCACCCUGCUGGUGUUCGCCUUGACUCUGGCUGCGCAAUUUCAGGUUUUGACGCCUCUCUCAGGACGAGUUGACAGCUCCAAUCGUACUCCUACAGCCAGGCCCGCAGACAUUUGCCUGUCUCAAGUGGGGAGCUUUUCCAUGUGCAUCGAAGUGCUCUUUUUGCUUUAUACUGUCAUGCACUUACCUUUGUACUUGAGCUUGUUUUUGGGGGUGGCCUAUUCUGUCCUUUUUGAGACCUUUGGCUAUCAUUUCCGAGAUGAAGACUGCUUCCCCUCUCCUGAAGUCCCGGCCCUGCACUGGGAGUUGCUGAGCCGGGCCCUGCUCCACGUGUGCAUUCAUGCCAUUGGGAUCCACCUAUUUGUCAUGUCUCAGGUGAGGUCCAGGAGCACCUUCCUCAAGGUGGGACAAUCCAUCAUGCACGGAAAAGACCUAGAAGUAGAAAAAGCCCUCAAAGAGAGGAUGAUUCAUUCUGUUAUGCCAAGAAUUAUUGCUGAUGACUUAAUGAAACAGGGGGAUGAGGAGAGUGAGAAUUCUGUCAAGAGGCAUGCUACUUCCAGCCCCAAAAACAGGAAGAAAAAGUCCUCCAUACAGAAAGCUCCAAUAGCAUUCCGCCCUUUUAAGAUGCAGCAGAUUGAAGAAGUCAGUAUUUUAUUUGCAGAUAUUGUGGGCUUCACCAAGAUGAGUGCCAACAAGUCUGCUCAUGCCCUGGUGGGUCUCCUCAACGACCUGUUUGGUCGCUUUGACCGGCUGUGUGAGGAGACCAAAUGUGAGAAAAUCAGCACACUGGGAGACUGUUACUAUUGUGUGGCAGGGUGUCCUGAGCCCCGAGCAGACCAUGCCUACUGCUGUAUCGAAAUGGGCUUAGGGAUGAUAAAAGCCAUUGAACAGUUCUGCCAAGAGAAGAAAGAAAUGGUGAACAUGCGAGUCGGGGUUCAUACGGGGACUGUGUUGUGUGGCAUCUUGGGUAUGAGGAGGUUUAAAUUUGAUGUGUGGUCCAAUGAUGUAAACUUGGCCAAUCUCAUGGAGCAGCUGGGAGUGGCUGGUAAAGUUCACAUUUCUGAGGCCACUGCAAAAUACUUAGAUGACCGGUACAAAAUGGAAGAUGGGAAAGUUAUUGAACGCCUUGGCCAGAGUGUGGUUGCUGACCAGUUGAGAGGUUUGAAGACAUACCUGAUUUCGGGUCAGAGAGCCAAGGAAUCUCAUUGCAGCUGUGCAGAGGCCUUGCUUUCUGGCUUUGAGGCCAUUGACGGUUCACGGGUGUCCUCAGGCCCUAGGGGACAGGGAACAGCAUCAUCAGGGAGUGUCAGUGACUUGGCGCAGACUGUCAAAACCUUUGAUAACCUUAAGACCUGCCCUUCAUGUGGAAUUACAUUUGCUCCCAAGUCAGAAGCUGGUGCAGAAGGAGGAGCUGUGCAAAACGGCUGUCAAGACGAGUCUAAGACCAGCACCAAGGUAACAAGCUCAUGGCUGUUGUUCCUGUCAGUUCCUCUCCUGGCGCAUCCACCUAAGGCUUCUGGAGGACCUAAUUCCAAAGCUCAGAAUGGACUUCUGAGCCCUCCCCAAGAGGAAAAGCUCACCAACAGUCAGACCUCCCUGUGCGAGAUCCUUCAGGAGAAGGGAAGGUGGGCAGGUGUGAGCUUGGACCAAUCAGCCCUCCUCCCACUGAGGUUCAAGAACAUCCGUGAGAAAACGGAUGCCCAUUUUGUGGAUGUUAUCAAAGAAGACAGCCUCAUGAAAGAUUAUUUUUUCAAGCCACCCAUUAAUCAGUUCAGUCUGAACUUCCUGGAUCAGGAGCUGGAGCGAUCCUAUAGGACCAGCUAUCAGGAAGAGGUCAUAAAGAAUUCUCCUGUGAAAACUUUUGCCAGUGCCACCUUCAGCUCCCUCCUGGAUGUGUUGCUGUCCACAACAGUAUUCCUGAUUCUCUCUGUCACCUGCUUCCUGAAGUAUGGAGCCACUGCCAUGCCUCCCCCACCAGCUGCCCUGGCCAUCUUCGGUGCAGCCUUGCUGCUGGAAGUACUGUCCCUUGUGGUGUCCAUCAGGAUGGUGUUCUUCCUGGAGGAUGUCAUGGCAUGCACACAGCGCCUGUUGGAGUGGAUCGCUGGCUGGCUACCUCGCCAUUGCAUUGGGGCUGUCCUGGUAUCCCUGCCUGCCCUUGCUGUCUAUUCACACAUCACCUCCGAGUUUGAGACAAAUGUACAUUUCACCGUGUUCACCAGCUCAGCCGUGUUAGUGGCUGUCGUGCACUACUGUAACUUCUGCCAGCUCAGCUCCUGGAUGAGGUCCUCCCUUGCUACCAUCGUGGGGGCCGGGCCACUGCUUCUGCUCUACAUCUCCCUGUGUCCAGACAGUUCCAUAGCAAUUUCACCCCUGGAUGUGGCACAGAACUUCAGUGCCGAGAGGAACCCAUGCAACAGCUCCCUGACACAGGACAGCAGGAGGCCAACCAGCCUUAUGGGUAAGGAGCUCAUCCUUGCCUUCUUUCUCCUGCUCCUGCUGGUCUGGUUCCUGAACCGAGAGUUUGAAGUCAGCUAUCGCCUGCACUACCAUGGGGAUGUGGAAGCAGACCUUCACCGCACCAAGAUCCAGAGCAUGAGGGACCAGGCUGACUGGCUGCUGAGGAAUAUCAUCCCCUACCACGUGGCCGAGCAGCUGAAGGUCUCCCAGACUUACUCCAAGAACCACGACAGUGGAGGAGUGAUCUUUGCCAGCAUCGUCAACUUCAGUGAGUUCUACGAGGAGAACUACGAAGGGGGCAAGGAGUGCUACCGAGUCCUCAAUGAGCUGAUUGGUGACUUCGAUGAGCUCCUGAGCAAGCCAGACUACAAUAACAUUGAGAAGAUUAAGACCAUCGGGGCCACAUACAUGGCAGCAUCAGGGCUAAAUACAGCCCAAUGCCAAGAGGGCAGUCACCCACAGGAGCACCUUCGGAUCCUGUUUGAGUUUGCCAAGGAGAUGAUGCGUGUGGUGGAUGACUUCAACAACAACAUGCUGUGGUUCAACUUCAAGCUCAGGGUUGGCUUUAACCAUGGGCCGCUCACAGCAGGUGUCAUUGGUACCACCAAGCUGCUCUAUGAUAUCUGGGGGGACACGGUCAACAUUGCCAGCAGGAUGGACACCACUGGGGUUGAGUGUCGCAUCCAGGUGAGUGAGGAGAGCUACCGUGUGCUGAGCAAAAUGGGCUAUGAUUUUGACUACCGGGGAACAGUGAAUGUCAAGGGUAAAGGGCAGAUGAAAACCUACCUUUACCCAAAGUGCAUGGACAAUGGGGUGGUGCCACAGCACCAGCUCUCCAUCUCCCCAGACAUCCGUGUCCAGGUGGAUGGCAGCAUCGGACGGUCUCCCACAGAUGAGAUUGCCAACCUGGUGCCUUCUGUCCAGUAUUUAGACAAGACAUCCUUGGGCUCUGAUGACAACACGCAAGCCAAGAACACACACCUGUCUUCUAAGAGACCCUGGAAAGAGCCCAUCAGAGUGGAAGAAAGGUGUCGAUUUGGCAAAGCCAUAGAGAAAGAUGACUGUGAAGACAUGGGAAUGGAAGAAACCAAUGAAUUCACCAAGCUCAACGUCUCAAAGAGUGUGUAAGGCAGCACUGAAAGCUGCCUGAGGUGCUCUGUUCGUUGAAACACAAUAAUAUUUGUAUUUGGCUGUUGUGCAUUUAAGUGCCACAGUUUCUGUCCCUGGACAUGGUAUUAUGUGGUCAUUUCAACCCUAAAUUCUGUGUGGAUCACAGUUAUUCAGGGUUCAUUUUCAUCCAUUUCUUCUUUUCUUUGCUCCCCCUCCUGAAAACCAGCCCCCUUGGGGCACUCCGUUCAGCUGCAUGGAGAGAACAAGUGCCUUCAGGGUUGGCCUUGGCCUCACGUCCAGGACUGAGGCCACAGGUGGAAUCAUGGCUCUGGGUAUUAUUUGACUUUCAAAACAAAAGCUGUGGUUAAGAAAUCAAUUGUAUUGCCUUUUCUCACAAGACACUUGGGGGGAGGUCAUACAGUGUUUUUGUUUUAUUUUUUCUGUAUAUGUAAUAGUGUUUCCCAGUCACCUGGUCUUUCUAAGUAAGCACAUACACGCACACACAUUGCAUUUAUGAAUCUGAUAUAAAGUGCCAGUAACUCAUCGAGGAUGGGGGUGAGAGGGUGAAUCCUGAGGGAGCCCAUCCAGCCCCUCUUCCCCAUGCUCCCCAGAGCACCUGGGCCCUCUCUUGUAGGGGAUGUGGGUGGACCAUACACCCAGCACCAUGGGGUUUCUGGGGUUCAUCUGUGUGCAGGCCAAGAUUUCAAAUGUUCACAGGCACAGAGCUUGUAAGCCCAGGCCUCAGGUAUCUCAAAGCCGUUUUUCAUCCUGACCCUCCUCCAAGGGAGUGAAGGUGUCUUAGAAGCUGACUCAUCUGAGGGAAAAGCUCAAAAUAAAUGUCUGAGGGUUGCAUUUAUUUAUUUAUUUAUUUAUCAAGAUGUAUCUGUUUUGGGGAGGGGGGUGCUGGGUCAUUUUGGUGAAGGGAAAUAAGCUGGAGUGAGGGGGGUGGGCCAGUUCACAAAGGGCACAGAUCUAUGACAAGAUGUCCCUUCGUGUUUCAGCCACUAGGGGCCACACUGCUGCCCAGGGUGCUCCCCCUUUUUGAGUUCCAGAUCAAAACCAGCAGACCUGUAGACAGUGUCUUGACCUCUGUAAAUUCAAAAAGUUUCUCCAUUCUCUCCCACCCUCCAAUUGCACAGGCCAGUUUGUGGUGGGAUUUAAUCUCGUGAGCCAAGUCCAGCUACUUGAGAGGGGCUUCUUAGCUGCACUGGGGCGGGGGUGGGGCACAGAAUCAUCUGUAUUCAUAUGGCAGAGGAAACUGAAGAAAGUCAGUCUGUGCUCUUGGUUACCACUCCUGCUUUUUUGGUGUUUUGCCACAUUGACUCUGAAGUUUAUAUCCAAUGGCACACAGGCUACAGUUGCCUUCUCUUAGUUAUUUUCCAGGUGAUGCUCAUGUGCAGCCUAUGGUGCAACUGAGAACUAGUUCUCCAUCUGUUGUAGGUCUUCAUACGGUGUACCAAGUGUGUUCUUUCACUGGUAAACCUUGUUGUAUAAUUUUCACAUCUGUGUUAAGUCCCCUCAUUACUCUUCCCCAAAGAUGACAGAAUCUGCCAUUUCUGGCAUGAUGACAUUUUGAUUCUGGUCAGCCACGUCCCCAGGGGGGACAUCUGGAAUAGCCAUCCAGCAGCACACAUGGUCUCAGAAUCGAGAGCUUUCUCAGUGACUGUGAGCUUUUCCUUCAAGUUUGACUGUCAGUUUGUUGGUCUUCCAAAUCUGAAGAAAAUAUGGUUGUGACAUUACCUCUUGCUUCUGAAGAAUGUAUUCUUAUAAAACACCACAGAUUUUUUUUUUCUUAUAAAACACUACCUGAUGUUUUCCUUAUGCUAAGGAUUGUGGGCAUAUUUGAUUUUCUCCUGUCAGUAUUAAGGUAUAUGAGUGUUGUCCUCUCCUCAGCCUUCCAUCUCCAGGCUGCAUAGUUUUUAGGGGCUGGUAGGUGGCUGAUGUCUUUGCUGUCUUGCUCAAAAUAUGCUCUACCAAGUACAUCUCUGCACGCACUUUUUCCCUGUCGUGCUGUUUUCCUUCCCCUACCACAAAGGUGUUCGUGAUCCCUCCCCUGACAUGGAACCCCAGAGCUGCAAACUGACUGGAGAGAAACAUUAACCUCAGGUGGUGUGGUUCAGCAUUGUACAAAUGGAGCUUCGACAAAGGGCAGCUCAUCAUGUGGAGGAUAAAUGGUCUUUUAAAACACCCUGAGCCUUUCUAAAGAACCAGUACAGACGUUCUCUUGGGGCCUUGAGACCCCUGGAACUUUCCCAGCUCCCGGCUCCAAAGCAUACCUCAAUGCAGAUCCACAGAAUCUCCGUGGCACACCUGGCAUGCAUCUCAGUCUGUCAGCAUUGAACAAGUGAUUGUUACUGGACACAGACAUGCUUCUAGGCAGUGGGCUCAAGUGCUGCAGGUGGCAAUACUCCUUAGGAACCUAGGGCAGGAAGCAAUACUUCAGAAUUGAAUGUGUGUAAAUAGUUGCUUUGAAUUGCAAUUGCUAUUUUCUCAGCCCCAGCUAAGAUCAAAUUUUAUAUAUCUGUAUGAUCAACAAGCACAUAAUUUUAUCAGUGCAAAUAAAUGUAGAGCAUCAGUUAUGACAUCCUUAAAUCACUUGAAGAGUCCCACAGAUUGUGCCACACCUGUGCAUGGUUCCUUUGAUACUGACUUCACUGGUUGGGACUGCACCUGCACAUUUGCACAUGACGUGGAGCAUUACAGGCAGCGUGCAGCUCAUUACCUGGGCUGUGAUCACUUGUAGUUUCCAAAGAUACAUCUGCAUUUUAAUUUCUAGAUUUUUGAGGUAAGCAUUUUUUUGAUCGAUUGUUUCAGAAAAUCAUAUCAUGCCUAGAAUCUGAAAUUAAAUUAAGGAGAACCAACUGUUUGCAUUUUCCACAUUUCUUUUGUUCUGCUCUUUUAAAAUUGUUAAUUCUGAGAAUUUCAAAAUGCAUCCACUGAAAAAAUGGACAUUAAAAUAUUCUAAAAUCCAA